UGUAGGAUGGUGUGGCUUCUGGAUGAAGAGUACGACAGGGAGCACCGGGCUGUUCAUAUGACGGAGAGGGGAACGGAUCUUCACCCUUUGAAGAUUCGUUACCAUGGCACACCGGAUAUACCUUAUGACGAGAGGUACACGGAGUUCAUCCGGCCUACCGGUCUUAUGCCGUUCAUAUCCCUUGUAAGCCGUGGGGGGCCACACAUGAACCCCUCGGCACUCACCGCCCUUGUCGACCGGUGGAGGCCGGAGACUCACACCUUCCACUUGAGGGCCGGCGAGAUGGCCCCUACUCUGCAGGAUGUUUCCAUGAUCCUUGCACUACCUAUUCAGGGCGAGCCACUGUGUAUGAACACAGCUUCUGAUGGGUGGCGCCAGCAGAUGCAGGGGCUUAUUGGCAGGGCUCCUCCGCCGCCAGAAAAUCCAAAGGAGAGAGUUCCCGCCGGCGCGUCUUUCUCUUGGAUCAGAACUAACUUUGCAGAAUGCCCCAUAGAGGCCGACGAGGACACUCGGAGGACGUACGCCCGCGUGUACUUAUGGUACAUGAUUUCCAGGACUCUCUUUCCUGACAGUGGGGGUAAGCUGGCCCAUUGGUGUUGGCUGAAGGCGCUUACGGUGUUGGACGCACGGUGGAGUUGGGGAACAGCGGCACUUGCCUACCUCUACCGGCAGUUGGACGAAGCUUGUCGCAGGACUGGGAGCAAGACUGGGAGCGGCGGUAUUGGUGGAUGCAUGCUCCUACUUUCCGUAUGGAGCUGGGACCGCCUAUCAGUUGGGCGUCCCAGCGUACUCAACGAGACGCCAUGGCCUCAUUUCCCUCACUUUCCUGAUCGGGAGCCCACUUGGGCAUACCUUUGGGACAAUGUCUCGGAGAUGACGAGCGAUCCAAUGAUCAUGUAUAGGCAGUACACUGCGGAGUUGGACACUCUUACCGCUGAGCAGGUGGAAUGGGAGCCAUAUGGUAGCUACUACCGUAUUGGCGCGGCGAUGACUGACCUAAACCCCAAGUGCACGGAGGAGGCGCGGUUCUGGCGUAUGCGCUGCCCACUCAUAUGCAUGUGGCUUGUUGAACACCACCAGCCGCAAAGAGUGAUGAGACAGUUUGGGCUGUAUCAGGAGUGCCCACCAAUGUGGCAAGACACGGACAAGGCGCUUCACAGGCUUGAUAGGCAGCGGCAGAGGAAGAUCACAAAUUGGCCAGUCCAUCAUAGCGGCCACAUCACAGCGUUCCAACACUGCUUGGAAGCGGCACGGAAUGCUGGCCCUGAGCAGAUUGUGCCUCACGACUUCACCGCUUUCAACAACUACCUCGAGUGGUUCCAUCAGAACACGCGUAUCGAGUUAGUGAAGCGCGCGUAUCGUGAAGAGAUCUUGGACGACCCCAUCCAGUUCGAUGAGGUUGGGCAAAGCCAGCACGACACUUUUGCUCGCAGAGGGAGAUCGACUUCUAUUGCUUCCGAGCUGAACUUCGUGCGGGAGGAGAUCCAGAAAACAGCUGAGGAGUGCGAGGUUGUGUGGGAGCAGAGCCACACAGAUGAAAAGCCUGUCGGACCGUUGCGGAAUUUCGUUAAGAACACUGCACGAAAGAUGCGGCGGUUAGCGAACUUGCUAGGUUGCCGCGAAGGCGAAAUCCCUACAUCCUCCUCUUCUGAAGAACAUAUUCCUCCUGAGGACGACCUAAUUCUGAGUCAAGGCGUACUUCCGAAGCUUACCUCCAAGCAACGGUCAGCUUACCAGUUGAAGCCAAGGGGCAAGGCUCCAAACCGGUACACUCCGGAAGAUUAUGUCAACCGAGGAAAGAAGGUUGUCACUGAGGAGGAUGACGGGCCGCCGCGGAGAUCAGCUAUGUCGAGGAUGAGGAACGACGAGCCGUUCUCUUCAGAGGAGGAGGAGGAGGAGGAGGAGGAGGAGGAGGAGCAGGAGCAGCAGCAGGAGCAGCAGCAGCAGGAGCAGCAGCAGGAGCAGCCAAGGCAGCGGACGAAGAGGAUGGCCGUCCGGAAGCAGCCCAUGAGGACGACACGUCGAGGACGACACUAGGAUGUGCUCCGUGUUGUUGUGAACUAUAUCUUCAUAAGUAUCGAUUUGUGAACCCUAUGUCAUUUCGAACCAUGGUCUGUAAUGCUACUUGUUGUUUGAAUCUACGUGCUACAAUGUGACCUAUGAAGUGUUAUAUGUGUAUGUCAUGAAAUU